CGUUGGCUCUUCGCGAUGAGAGCAUCAGGUUUCCGUUCAUGCGAGAGGUCAGGUUUUUUCGUCGUCACUGACUCUCGCUGAAAGCGGGUAAUUCAAACGGCGCAUAGAAGUUUUCCUACAUAGUCAUGAUUUAUUUGGGGCUCGAGUAAGUGAUGAUGUAUUAUUCGUUUCUUUUACAACCGUUUGAAAAACUUUCGUCAAACAAAUCCCCUGAUUACACCCUUAAGUUCAGCCUCGGUUCGAUUGAUAGUUAUGAAAGCUAUAAAAGCGGCAAAGUUGCCCAGCCAUGGAAGUAGAAAUCUAUUCGACGAUAAUACGUCGCUCAUUUCGUAAUAAAUUAAACAUAUUCUUAUCGUGUUGAACUUUGGCUUCAAUAAUUCAGCGGGUGUUGAUUCUUCCCCUGUAUAAUAAUCAUGCCUCCAAACUCCGGCGAUUUAUUUCGCCACUCGAACAGUCGCUGGGAUUCAAUCCGCAAAAUAAAUUUCACCGACAAGUUCAUAUCACAAAAGCAACGUUCGUCAAGGUCAUGCAUUGUUGCGAGUCCAGACUCAGAGGGUACCUCGAAAAGAGAUGGGGACAAGUUUCCGCUUUUUACAAUUUCGAAUUUCUCGUAAGAAAUCUGAAGCUUUGCGGAUCUUGGCCGCCAAUCAAUGCCGGAAAAAGGGCAUACAUGACGUGGAGUGUGAUCGUAACGAGCCUCACCCUCGGUCACUUGCUCUUUGUGCAAACCGCUUUCGUCGUCGCGGAUUGGAAGGUAACGGGGGAAAUGGCGUCGGCGGUUUCCCUCCUGAUAAACAAUUACGUCCACGCCUGGAAGGUGUACGUAAUAUUUCGCUACCGGAAGCGGAUUCAGCGACUGCUGGACGAUGCCGAAGCGAAAAACGUCGCCCUCGGCGAAAUGGAGCUGGUUAAAAAUCUCCAGUAUCAAAUGUCCUGGACCUCGUUCACGUACUACGGUAACUUCCAGCUGAUGGGAUUAGUGGCUUGCAGUUUUUGGACCCUGUCGUCGGCUGUUCGCAGCCUGAAAGCUGAAACCGACAGAGUUCUUCCUCUGAACGGGUGGUAUCCCCACGACGCUUUCGCCUCGCCCUUCUACGAGAUCACCUUCGUCUACCAGGUUGUGACCGUGAUGAUGUGCUGCGUUCAGAACGUAUCGAUGGACGGAAUGAUCGUUGGUUUCAUGGGCGUGAUUUGCUGCAAAUUUAAGAUGCUUAAAAUCAGAAUAAUCGAGAUUGGACGAUCGGUCGCCGGAUCUCAACUAAGCGAAUCGCUAAUCAACCGCGUGUACGUCGAAAACAAGCUCCGCCAAAAGCUCGUGCUCUGCAUCGAGGACCAUAUUGCCAUUUUUGAAUACGCCAAGGAGUUUGAAGACAUAUUCAAGUACGCAAUUUUUCUUCAAUUCUUGGAGAACUCUUUGGUCAUCUGUACGGCCGCCUUCGCGGUCUCCCAGACCGGUCGGUUGAACAGCUUUUCAACGAUAUUCGGAAACUUGAUGUACAUGAUGGCGAUCAUUUACCAACUCUUCAUGUACUGCUACUUCGGAAACGAGAUUGCGGUUCAGGUGUUCAAUAUCAUUCGUCGACAAGUGAGAAUCGGAAAACUACUGGAGAUCCUCAAAAGUGACACGUUUUGUCGACACAAUUUUCGCUACGAAGACCUGCUGAGCUCGUUCGCGUUGAAAGGUAUCCUCCACCAUGUCGCUUAUCAGAGUUUCGGUGCAGCGGCCGUUUUUUGUUGGGGUUUUACCCCGAUCGCCAACAUAAUCGCGGGCAAUAAUCGCCGGCUACCAAUGGACGGCUGGUACCCUUACAACGUGACCCUUACACCAGCCUUCGAAAUCACCUGCGUGCAUCAGACGGUUGCCGUGGUUUUUGCCUGCUUCCACAACGUGGCGAUGGACACUUUGGUAGCCGGUUUGAUCACCGUCGCUUGUUGCCAGCUCGAAAUAUUGAAAAGCAAUCUUCGCCAGAUCGGAAUUCGGAAAUCAUGCCACGACGAUGAGUUGAGGAAUUGCAUCCAGCACCACAAAGCGAUUAUCGAUUUCACGAAAGAAGUCGAGGCGAUAUUUAACGGCACAAUAAUCCUUCAAUUCUGCGUCAACUGUAUUAUCAUUUGCCUGACCGCGUUUCACAUUACUAAGCUGAAAGUUUUCAUACCGGCUGAAUUCGUCGGCAUGACGAUGUACAUGUGCUGUAUGAUCUAUCAAAUAUUUAUCUACUGCUGGCACGGAAACGAAAUCUUUGAACAAAGCCAAAGCGUCGUCGUUGCGGCCUACGAAGGAAAUUGGUGGAAUUACGGGAAACGUUUUAAUCGAGAUUUGCAGUUACUCAUGUUGCGUGCUAAUCGCCCGCUCACGUUGAAAGCUGGAAAUCUGUUAAUUCUGUCGCUGGAAACUUUUGUCAGUAUUCUCAGAUUGUCUUACUCGUUGUUCACGGUACUGCAGAGUUCAACUUAAAUGUCGGUAGCCGAUCUAUUCGCGUUUAGAAGAAGCGUGGUUAACUAAUCUUGAGAAAUUUGAACCACCGAUUAGAAAUGAAACGCUACGUUACUGAUAUCGCGGUAAUUCGUUGGUCAUAAAAAGUAAAAGUAUAUAGUUUAUCCAAGUAGAAUAAUAUUAAAUUAACAUUACAUGCUUGUUGAUUUCUCUGUACACGUGGCUGCCGCAUAAAAAAUAUAUUCUUACUGUAUCGUAUAAUGGAAGUAUAAAAAUUACAGUUCUAUAUUACGUGUAUAACAUGUAUAAAUUGCGCUUCAAUAACUCAACCGAU